AUGUCACCAGUUCUUGAGGGAACGAGGAAGCGAAAAGCCACGACUAGAGUCGACGGCAGUGGUAAGAAGAAGCUGAAGAAGGAGAAGAUCAGCGUCAAGGAGAUUGACGCACAGGAGAAGAAAGAUGUCGUGGAGACGGUCAAACCCGUGGCAUCUUCAUCAGACAAGCACGCCGUCAAGGCACCUUCAGAAAAGAAGAAGAAAAAUAAGCUCCUGAGUCAAUCAAAAAGUGCUGCUUGUUGUCCAGCAGUGUGUGAAGAAAGUCGAACACCAACUACAGGAACAACAACAGGAACAUCUUCCCUUCCGCAGGAAGAUGCUAAAACUACAACUGCGUCUACUUCUCCCGCACAAGAAGAAGAACCAAAGAAGAAAGUACUACAACAAGGAGAUGAUUCCUCUAGUGAGGAACCCGAAGACGACAGCUCCUCUGAGGACGAGAAGGAAAACAUAGACAUGAAGCAAGCAUCUGCUGCUGACCAAUCUGGCGACGAAGAUUAUCCUUACCCAGUCGACGAUGGCGACCAUUUCGAAACCUCUGAAGAAGCCUAUGGAGACCUAAAAGCGAUCCUCGACUUCCAUGUCAAGCUCACGCACAACGCAACUACUGGCCAGCAGCAAAAAGAGGUCGUGGCCUACGAUCCUUACUUUUGUACUGGCAAUGCAAAAGUCUUGUUGGAGAAGGUGAUGCAAAAUGUAGGGCAGAAAGGUGAUGAAAAAUGUAGUGGAAAGAAGCAUAUUAACAAGAGCAGCAAGAAAAAGGCGGGAGCCAAACAUGAUGAAGAGGAACUUCUAGAUGAGGAAGAUCUUGACGAAGAUCCAGCGCUCGAUGAAGAGGAAGAAGAAGAACUCGAUGAAGAUGGUGACCACGAACAAGCAGCGGUAGCUGCAACAAAGUCCUCCUUGUUUCGUGUGAUCAAUGAGAAGCGUGAUUUUUACGCUGACAUCGAGAAAAACGUCAUUCCAGAUUACGACUUACUUGUGACGAAUCCACCCUAUUCUGGCGAUCACAAACAGCGACUCCUCGUCUACCUUCUAGCCGACUUGAAGAAGCGCGUAGCGUCCCAGCAAGAGAAACUGAAAAAGGAACUAGAGGAUUUGAAAGAACUCGAGAAGAUCGAAGAAGGUGGACAAGCCUCAUCAACUGUUGUAGAUGCGAAAACGCGUAAAAAAAUAGUGAAGAAGCUGAAAAACCAAGUCUUAUCCACCGCGCGACCUUUUUGCAUGCUAAUUCCGUCUUGGACAUGUCAGAAGUCGUUUUUCAGGAAGUGGCUAUGGGAAAUCGGAAAUGUACUGGAGGAAGUUAGAGGAACCACGACGGCUGCUGCACCAGCGACUAGUUCAUCUUGUAGUCUAUCUUCUAAGAAGUUCGAAGAUUCUCCAGACCUCGAGCGACGAGCUGAGGUGUUCUACAUCGCGCCCUGGGGGUACAACAGGAAGAAGUACGAGUUCAUCCACACGAAGGCGAAUCAGAAGAGUGGUGCUGCGCCGUUUUUUGGCGUGUGGGUGUGUGGUGGAUUCCGAAACUAUCAUGGCUUCGACACGAAGUUUGGAGGUAAAAAGAUCACCUUGGACCUGCAAGGCCUGGUAAAGAUGGGUCUAUGUAGGUCGAAUGAAGAUGUGAAAAAGCGCAGAGAACUGAAUGAAAAACAAAAGUGGAGAGCAGAAACGUAUGGGAAGAAAGGUGCUGGAAAAAAGGGAAAGAAGGGAGAAGGAAAGACCAAUCAACAUGGUGGGAAAAAGGGAGACCACAAAGGAGGUAAAGACGCUACUUCCAAGGGUCUUAAAGGUAAAAUCUCUAACUCAAGUAAAGGAGCAAAGGAUCUGCCUGUGAAAAAGCAUAGUGCUUCUAUUUCAGAAAGCAAAGCGGAUCAUGUAGUUGCGGAGACGACAAAAGUAGAGAACAAGGUUCGUCCCAGCAAGAGCGAUGUCAAGGAAGCAGCUUCCAGCACUGGAACUGUAGCCUCGUCUAGUAAUGAACAGCAAAAAGGCGACUCUUCCACAACACCAGCAGCACCGAAGAAGAAAAUUAUUUGCCGACAUUUCAACUCAGAAAAGGGAUGCAGUAGGGGAGAUAAGUGUCGUUUUGAACACGUGAAAGAGUAGACGCCCAAUCACUCUCUUCCCCCAUGAUCCUACGCGAUAAUAUUUCAUGACCUUUUCAUCAGGGGAACGCGACCCUACCAAGAAUGAUAUGCACUCACUUACAAUUUGUUAAAAAACGUUGUACAACUGCUAUGCUUCUGAGCGAACUCCUAUGUU